AUAAAUCAAUGAAUAAACCAUUCAAACUUCAACAAUCAGCGAUCAGAUUCUCUAAUGUACAGCAUGCUACUUCAGUUCCCUCGAGGUCAUUCGUCAGUUCGUACUUAUCCUCACAAGAAAGCCCCAUUGACUUGUGUGCUCAUUGUCAACAAUAUCUUCGUUGCUUCAAGACGCAGGAGUGCCAACUGCGAGUUGCUUUUGACUUUUUUCUUGCGAUUCCAUUACGUAACGAUCAAACUUUUGCUUGACCAAGGAACAUGUCCAUAUCAUUCUUGGCUAUCACCGGGAAUUUCCUAGAACUUCCGCAGCUAUCAACUUCACCACGCAGGUAUUCAGACACAUUGAAUUCUAUAUUUUUAAACAGAAUAUUAGCUGCUUUCCCAAGGAAAAAGAAAUGGUGGGAGGUUGAAAUUUUAAUUCAAAGCUAACAGCUGUCCAUAUCAUUCUCGGAUUUAGUGUUGUCACCGGGAAUUUCAUCGAAUUUCCCUAACCAUCAACUUCAGAAUGCAGGUAUUCAGAUACUUUGAAGUUUAUAUAUCCAUAAACAGAAUGCCAGCAGCUUUCAAAAGGAAAAAACUAUAAAUAAUGGAAGUUUUAGAAUUUUAAUUGAGAGCUUACAGAACUGAAGUGCGGACUAAGUCAAAGAAAAAUAUCCAGACUCAUCAGACUUUCCAUAUAAUACUGCGUUGGCAGCCCACAUUCUCUAAAACUCACAAAGCUACUGUGAGUGGAGCAGUAGCUAUGGAGAUAGCGGCUAGAACCAUCUUCUUGUUGUUGUUCGUUAACCUCAUUUUGGCUCAUAGAGCUACUGUGAGUGGAGCAGCAACACUCAAUGUUGGAGUGAUCCUCAACUUACAGUCAUUGGUGGGCAAGAUGGUACGCACCAGCAUUUAUAUGGCCAUGGAAGAUUUCUAUGCGGUCCACAGGAACUAUACAACAAAGAUGGUUCUUCACAUCAGAGAUUCCAAUGCAAACAGUGUCCAAGCUGCAUCAGAAGGUACACUUAAUGUUAUGUGAAAUUGUCACUAAAUUUUACUGAAAUAAAACUUAUGAAACAAAAUGACUUGGGUUUGCGCAUCAUAAUGAGGUCAAAUCAGUGCAUCCUAAACCCUUCAAAGGGUUUCACUGUUUCAGAAAAGGUUUACCCAUAAAAAACAACACCUACUGAAAAUUCAAAUUCAUAGAAAAUAUAGCUGCUCUAAGUAGAGUAAGCUCAUUAGUUCUUGCUGUGUCCCAAGUCUGAAAUUCUGAAUCCACUAUCCAAAGAAAUAACUAGGUAGCCCAUGUCAUUGCAUCAUGUCUACUUGCACUAGAUAUCCUAAGUUCUUAACCGCAACUGCAAUCUAUACAAAUGUAUCAUCAAAUAUUGUUUUUCCAUAUUCAUUACACAGCUGUUGACCUGCUAGAGAAUUACAAUGUCAGAGCCAUUGUUGGUCCACAAAAAUCUUCAGAGGCAACUUUUGUCUCCGAUCUUGGGAAUAAGAGUCAAGUCCCGGUUAUCUCCUUUACUGCAACUAGUCCCACUUUGUCAUCUGGCUCUGUGCCUUACUUUUUGCGUGCAACACUAAGUGAUGUAGCUCAAGUGAAUUGCAUUGCUGCUCUCAUUAAGGGCUAUGGUUGGAGAGAAGUGAUACCGAUCUAUGAAGAUACAGACUAUGGUAGGGGCAUCAUACCAUACUUGGUUGAUGCCCUCCAAGAGUUUGGAGCUUCUAUACCUUAUCGUAGUGCAAUCCCUGUAUCAGCAAGCAGUGACCAACUUGAACAAGAACUCUACAAGCUAAUGACAAUGCAAACAAGGGUCUACAUUGUGCACAUGUCAUCCUCUAUUGCCUCUACUCUCUUCACAAAGGCCAAGAAGUUAGGAAUGAUAAGUGAAAUGUAUGCAUGGAUUGUGACAGAUGGGAUUGCAAAUAUCAUCAACUCACUCAACCCUUCAAUUCUUGAUGCAAUGAAUGGUGCACUGGGUGUGAAAUUCUAUGUGCCUAAAUCAAAGGAACUUGAUGAUUUCACUGCAAGAUGGAAUAAGAGGUUCAAACAAGACUACCCAAAUGAUUCGCCAUCUCAGCUAGGCACUUUCGGACUCUGGGGUUAUGAUACUAUCUGGGCCUUGGCACAAGCAGCGGAGAAGGUUAACAUGGUAGAUGACAUAUCUCACAAGCAGUGGCACAGGAAAAAUUCAACGUGUUUUGGAACUAUGGGUACGUCCACAAUUGGUCCAAAACUCCUAGAUGAAAUCUUACAUAUUAAGUUCAGAGGCCUAAGUGGUGAUUUUGACCUUGAAGAUAGGCAGCUGCAACCUUCCAUAUUCCAGAUAAUUAAUGUGGUUGGACAAGGUUCACAAGAGGUAGGCUUUUGGACAGCAAAGCAUGGGAUCAUUAGGCAGCUAGAUCAAAAUGGAUCAAAAACAACGAAUGUAAACUCAAUGCCUGAUCUUCAUCCAGUGAUUUGGCCAGGAGAACUAUAUGUGGUGCCUAAAGGGUGGCAAAUACCUACUAACCGAAAGAAGCUCCGCGUAGGUGUACGGACAAGUGGAUAUCCUGAGUUUAUGAAGGUGGAAAGAGAUCCUAUCACCAAUGCAACAACUGCUACUGGAUAUGCCAUUGAUGUAUUUGAAGAGGUGCUAAAGAGACUACCAUAUGCAAUACCUUAUGAAUAUGUAGCAUUAGAUAAUGCAGACUCUAGGAGCUAUAAUGAUUUCGUCUACCAAGUUCAUCUUGGGGUAUAUGAUGCAGCAAUAGGAGAUAUAACCAUAAGGUACAAUAGAACUUCCUAUGCGGACUUCACCCUACCUUACACUGAAUCUGGUGUAGCAAUGAUUGUGCCAGUUAAGGAUGACACAAAUAAGAAUGCAUGGGUUUUCCUGAAGCCAUUAACUACUGACUUGUGGUUCGGAAGCAUCGCAUUCUUCAUUUACACAGGGAUUGUCAUCUGGCUACUGGAGAGACGAAUCAAUAAUGCUGAACUGACUGGUUCAAUUUUUCGCCAGCUUGGGAUAGCAAUAUAUUUCUCCUUCUUUGCAGAUAGGGAGAGGGUGGACAGUAUUUUGUCUAGAUUGGUUGUCAUUGUAUGGGUCUUUGUACUUCUCGUGAUUACAUCAAGUUAUACGGCCAAUCUAUCAUCAAUUCUCACUGUGCAACAGCUUCAACCCACAGAAACUGAUAUUCAUGAACUCAUUAAAAAAGGUGAAUAUGUAGGGUAUCACAACGGUUCUUAUGUAGGAGAUCUGUUAGAAGAACUUGGCUUUGACAGAAGAAAGAUCAGAGCAUAUGAAACUUCAGAUGAUUUUGCUGAUGCACUCUCUAAAGGGAGCAAAAUGGGUGGUAUAACUGCUGUCGUACAUGAAGUUCCAUACAUCAAAAUAUUUCUUGCAAAGCAUUGCAAAGGUUACACAAUGGUUGGACCAAUCUACAAAUCCGAAGGCUUUGGCUUUGUAAGUUAACUACACCAGAUAUAUUUUGUGCAAAAUAUGCCCUCUAAAUUAUUAAUAGACUAUAGGAAAAUAUCUUGAGAGUUAAGAGCUUCUCAGGAUCAAGAAAAUAAUGGAGAACCCUUGAAAGAAUAUUCAAUUAAAAAGAGAACACAUAUGGAAAUUGCGAUUUAAACUAACUAAGCUGCGGGACAUAAUGUACAUCGCGAAGAGCCUAACACCCAAGAUAACAACAAACAGGUCCAUUCAACAAGACCAGCCAGGAUGGAUCUUCUGCAGUAUCAUUUAUCACAAAAAACAUUAUGUAACUACUGUAAGACAUGUGGUCACUUGAAAGAAACUUUUUCUUAUUAUAGGAAGCUUAAGGUAACAGAGACCAUUGGACAAUGUUGUGAGUUACACGCACUUUUGACUAGCAGUUAUUUGCUAUUAUCUCACAUCUUUUGCUAUUGCAAACUGAACAGCGGCAUGAAGGUUCUAACUUCUAAUAUAUGUAUAAUAUAGUAUGAGCAUAUGAACAUAAAAAAGAAUCAUAUCGUAAUUCAAUUAGGACAAGGGGAAACAAAAAUAUAAACAAGAGCCAUUCGUACAUUCUUUAAAAGAAAAGAUAGAAGAUACCAUUCACAGAUUUUGUCUUUUAUAAUGUCAAUCAAAUUUGAAACUAGAAUUGUAAAUGAUAAGAGAACCAUUCUAACCACAAACAUGUAUUUGCAACUACCGCGCAAUUCAUUAAUCUUACAUAUUUUUUUGGAGCUUUAUGGAGAAUCCUAGAAUGCUAGCCAUUUGUUUUUUUAAAAGAUCCAUUACUUAAACAAUUUGUACAUUACUGAAUUUAUUUAAAUUGUUGAGUAGGCAUUCCCCAAGAGAUCCCCUAUGGUCAUUGACUUUUCCAGGACAAUCCUCAGCAUUACAGAAGGAGACACUAUCAUUCAGAUAGAAAAGAAAUGGAUCGGAGAUCAACAUGCCUGUCAAAAUGAUGGUGCCAUUGCCAGCCCAAGCAGUCUAAACUUCAAAAGCUUUUCAGGACUCUUUCUGGUCACAGGAGUUGCUUCAACUUCUGCCCUCUUAAUAGCCCUGGUGAUGUUCCUCUACAAUAAUAAGCACAAGAUAAGGAACAGUAUAAGUCGUGUCCAGACUCAGGGAGGAUAGAUCAGAGCAUGCAAACAGACGGAAUCAAGAAAGAGUCCUGAAAAGGCUAUCCUACAGGUAUUGUGCAAAGGACAACAGCUCCAGAGUGAAACUUUCCGUCAUGUUAAUUUUUGGACAACAGUCAUGUCAGUCUCAGCAUUCUUUCCAAUGUGUGACUCACUUUGUACAUUUCAGUACCUCGACAGUACCCUUUCUAACAAAAAGCAAUUAUUAAUUCCUGAUA